AUGAACUACCCAGGAUUUUGCAAACGCUACAAUCAGCCUUGUUAUAAUAAUUUGCAAGUUUUCGUCCAAAGGAAAAUGUUUGCCUACAUCUUGCAGUACGUCUAUGCGUCGUUCUUGAGGUACUGGCUGAAGUGGCUCAUCAGACAAGUGACCGGGACAUGUGAACUGCAAAGAAUAUGCUGUGGAUCCAAACAAGGAGCAACAAGGACAACAAAAGCAGAGUAUUCUCUGCGAUUCUCAAAGAACAAGGUCCUAAGAAAUGCUUUAACAGCCACCACGGAGAACUUGCCUCAAUGCGUGGAUCAAAUAAUGCGAGAGAAAAGUAUCAAACCACAGAAAGAUCCCUUGUUUAAGGACAACCUUCACAAUUGUUUAUCGCAGAUUACUGGAUACAACCAACUGUAUGUAGGUGUGGAAGAGUUAAGAAAAGAAGUUUUCAGCUCUGAUAACCCAGAUCAUGAGUCAAUGCUGCUUAAGCUGUGGGAUCUGCUGAUUCCCUCAGUCAAACUGGAGUCGAGGAUCACCAAACAGUGGGGAGACAUUGGAUUCCAGGGAGACGACCCCAAGACCGACUUCAGAGGAAUGGGUCUUCUGGGGCUCAUCAACCUGGUAUUUUUCAGUGAGAACUACACAGAAAAAGCACGACAGGUUUUGUCACAUGCAAACCAUCCUAAACUUGGGUACUCCUAUGCCAUUGUGGGAAUCAACCUGACAGAGAUGGCCUACAGUCUCCUGAAAAGUGGAGACUUGAAGCCUCAUUUUUAUAAUGCAGUUCUGACUUCCCCUGAGCGACAGCAUUUCCACCAGCUUUACUGUUACCUGGCUUAUGAGUUUGACAAGUUCUGGCUAUCUGAGGAGCCAGAAAGUAUCAUGCUGUUCAAUGAGUACAGAGAAAAAUUCCAUAAAAAGGUCCAGCUCCACCUGAAGGACCCCACUGUGUGCCUAACCCUGAAACAGGAAAACUGA